AUGGACUGGCUAGGACACGCCAAAAUCAACUUCACACACGCAUCAUCGCCUGUGGCCCUCAAGGAGAGGGAUGGCGCCCAAACUGACCUCCUCAAGAUCUGUGAGAAGAUCACGCCGCCAUGCCACAUGAACCCGCUCCUCUUCAACGGCCACUUGCAGACCAUGUGGACUGCCACGAAGCAGCACGGCCCGCCAGUGUACUAUCGUCGCAAGGUCUUUGACGCCGACGACAAGGCCUUUGAAGGCACUUUCGCAGUCGACUUUGUAGCGCAGCCCUUUGAGGAGACCGAUAGCACCUUGCCGCCGCGGACGGUGUACUUCGAGGACCAGGAGUUCGAGACUCUGGCGUCGGACGACAACAGGCCCCAACUGGUAGUUCUCCACGGCCUCUCAGGUGGCUCUCAUGAGAUUUACCUGAGACACGCCAUUGCGCCGUUGAUUGACUCGGGAAACUGGGAGGUGUGCGUGGUGAACUCGAGAGGUUGCGCCAACAGCAAGUUCACCAGUGGUAUUUUGUACAAUGCUAGAGCAACAUGGGACUUCCGUCAGACCAUCAAGUGGCUGAGAAAGAAGUUCCCCAACCGCCCUCUGUUUGGCUUGGGCUUCUCACUCGGCGCCAACAUGUUGACAAACUACUGUGGCGAGGAGGGCGUCGACUGCCAGUUGACGGCCGCUAUUGCGUGCUCCAACCCCUUCAACCUUGAAGUCUCCAACAAGGCACUGAAGCGCACUUUCCUUGGUAGAGAGGUCUACCAACGAGUUAUGGGAACCAGCAUGAAGCAACUCAUCAACGGACACAAGGAGGAGGUGCAAAAGCACACCAACCUCGACCUCGAACGCCUUCAGAACGUAACGUACCUGUGGGAAUUUGACAGGGAAGUCCAGUGA